AUGGCGACGGCUAAAAAGAAGAAAGAAAAGGAGCGGUUCUUUGAAGAUUUGUCGCGUCUAGAUCGUCUCAUCGACGAUGACGAAGAAGAUGAAUCUCUACUGAAAGUCCGACCCACGGACUCGCGUCCACCUCCGCCGCGACCGUUAGCAGAAGCCACAACUCCCAGGAUCAAUUCACGCCCAGUUCAAACUCCUCGUGUCGAUGUCCCACCAGCUGGCGCACAGAGAAAGCGCAAGACUUGUGAAGAGGGUCCCAUGCCUCCGCCACCAGCCAUCAAACCUGCUGAAACCAAAACGAAGACCAAAGUCAAGCCACAGACAAUCAGAUCCUUUUCAUCUCCCGUUCGAGAAACCAAAAAACCCAGGCAGCAAGCUCUGAAGCGGACAAAAUCUCAUCUUGACAAUCCAAACCCUCUGUGGAGGAAAGGUGACAUCCCUUUGAAGACCAUUGCAGAGGACAAAAAGGUUUUCCAAGGUUUAGUUUUCUACUUCAUCCCAGACGAUGAGGAUAGAUUGAUAAACCCUUUGUUUCGCCACCGAAUUCGUGUGUCUAUUCAAUAUGGCGCGACCUGGGCAAACAAAUAUAGUAGUGAUGUGACACAUAUCGUCGUUUGUGAUGAUCUCAAUUACUCACAAGUGUCAAGAUUCUUUUACAAUGAAAAAAUUCCGACCGCUCCGACUCUCAUCCUUAUUGAUUGGGUUGUAGAGUCCGUGAGCAGGAAAUAUCCACCUGAUAUCAACUCUACCCGUUUCCAAGUCGAAGGCUCCGGCAAUCAUGGUAAGGAUGACGACGAAGACGACGAAGACUCAGACUGUGAGAUAUUGACGCCUUGGGAGGAGGAAAUGGUUCGAGACCGCGGAAUGUUUGAUUCUGGCAUGAAAACCGACGUCGGUGGUGCACCUGAGCGAUCUUCUUCAAACACUCAGUAUAUAUCAACAAAAAUUCCGGGGUCAACCAAUGAAACUCCCGAGGCCAACGCGGGACUUACAACAGACGAUCUUCAGAAAGCGAUCGAGGAUGUACAAAAGCUUGGGGCCAUCCCUUUACAUCCAAGUUUUGAUGGUGGCCAAACAUCUGCGAUUGAUGUCGAUGACGACUUUGAGCUUAGCUACCUCAAGGAAAGCGAUAAAGCUAAGAAGAAGAAUUCCGGCUUUUUGUGCAUGGAGAAGCAUGACGGGAACGAGGACAACCCGAAUGCCAAAACCAUAGAGGUCCUCCAGCAAAUGGCCACUUACUACGACAGAAUCGGAGACCGCUGGCGUACAAUGGCAUAUCGCAAGGCAAUCGGUGCUCUGCGGAAGCAAAGCCAAUUGGUCCGAACUAAAGAAGAGGCUCGGGCAAUUCCUCAAAUUGGCGACAGCCUCGCCGAGAAGAUUGAAGAGAUUGUGACAACGAAUCGCCUGCGAAAGCUUGAGUAUACCAAACUAGACUCGAAUGACCAAGUCCUUCAGUUGUUUAUGGGAAUCUACCAAGUCGGUUAUCCCACCGCUUCAAAAUGGAUUGCGCAAGGACAUCGUACAUUGGAUGAUCUCCGCCAGAACGUUGACCUAAACACAAAUCAACGCAUUGGUCUGGAACACUAUGUCGACUUCCAACAGCGCAUUCCUCGAGCCGAAGUCACCGAACAUGCGGCAAUUGUGGAGAAGGCUUUGAAGGCGGCCGAUGACGGGCUUCAAAUGAUAGUUGGCGGUUCAUAUAGACGAGGCAACAAAGACUCGGGUGAUAUCGACCUUAUCAUCACCAAGGAAGGUGCCAGCUUGGAGCUCGUCAGAACAUUGAUGAUGGAGUUGGUGAUUCCCGCCCUGACGGAUCAAGAUUUCCUCAAGGUCAAGCUUGCUGGUGGUGAGGCUCAUGAACAAGCAUCGAAGUGGCACGGAGCAAGUGCUUUACCUGGAGCCAAGACGUGGCGACGUAUUGAUCUGUUGUUCGUCCCAUGGGCGGAACUGGGUGCAGCGUUGAUCUACUUCACGGGCAAUGACAUCUUCAACCGCAGCUUGAGACUGCUUGCAAGCCGGAAAGAGAUGCGGCUGAACCAACAUGGACUUUAUGCAGACGUGAUGCGCGGGCGUGGUCGAGAGCGGAUCACAGAUGGCAAGCUGCUGGAAGGACAAGACGAGAAGCGGAUUUUUGAGAUUCUCGGUGUCCCAUACCAGCCACCUGAGCACCGGAAAUGCUAG